AUGGACUUCAAAUACUCCGAUGUCCUGGACUCGGGUACCUACAGGGACGAUGGAUUGGCGAACGGCAUCCCAUUUCGGAUACACAAGGAUCCUUACAGUGAGAUCGCGGGCUCGCUCCGCGCACAAAAAGACUGGAAUUCGACUGUGAGCCCGGUUUACGACUAUCAGGGCGGCCUGGGAGAGCCAUACAGCUUUAUUCGCGCCACCAUACCCGAGUGCAUUCCUGAGCGUUUAGAGAUCAUCUCUUACGCCAAUGAGUAUGCCUUUCUCUACGAUGACGAAAUGGAGAAUCUAGACCUCAAGAACUUCAAAGAAGGUCGUGAUGACAUGCUGCACGUUUUUCGCGACGAUGCACUCAAUGAGAAGGUCCACGGCACAGUUCGCCCGGAGAAGAAACUACAAGCGCAAAUUCUAGCGGAGAUGAUGGCCAUUGACCGAGCCCGCGCGAUAACAACGAUGAAAGCAUGGGCGCAAUUCGUCGAACUUGCAUCGCGCACCCGCUCACAACCUUUCGAGACAUUAGACGAAUAUCUCCCGAGCCGGGCGAUCGAUGCCGGAGAAUUAUUUUGGUACGGCAUGCUUACGUUCGCUAUGGCGCUCACAAUCCCAGCAAACGAGCUCGAUUUGUGCAUGAAACUCGCGCGCCCUGGCUACGCUGCAAUCAGUCUGACCAAUGACCUUUACUCCUGGCGCAAAGAACGCGAGGACGCAGACAAGGCUGGACAAGACUACGUCUUCAAUGCCGUCUGGGUCGUAAUGCAAGAGCGCAAGUGCACAGAGUCUACAGCCAUCAAAAUAUGCCAAGAAGAGAUCAAGAGACAUUUGUCCGAGUUUGAGGAGAACAUCGAGAGCCCUAAUACCAAAACUCUGUCCAGGGAUGCGCAGGCGUAUCUGCACGCUGUCAGGUUAAGCCACGUUGGAAAUCUGGUAUGGAGCAUAUACUGCCCGCGCUACCACCGAGGAGCGUACGUGCCCACCACCUUGCAAAGGAAAGCAGACGAACUGAUUCCAUUCAGCGACAAAAGGUUGGCCCUACCAACACAGUUUGGUAACGUGGCAUCCCGAUUUUUCGACACCAUCUUCAAGUUCUUUAUUUCGCCCUUCCAUCAGGUGUUCCAUACGAGCGGGCGCCGUCUUCUCAUACAACGUUUACGUGGACUUGUGACCAAGUCAUAA